AUGAUCCCAUGUAUUUUGCUUGCUCUGGGUGGAAAUCUUGUGGAUGGCUCUGGCCCAGGCAGUAAAAGACUUGGUUUACGAACAACUGCUAUCAUAUUUGGAAGAUUGGUUUUGGUUCCUCCUACAGGACUUGGAAUAAUCACCAUUGCUGACAAGCUUGGACUUUUUCCCAGGGGCGACAAAAUGUUCAAAUUUGUCCUGCUGCUGCAGCACACUAUGCCAGAAAGAUAUGGAAAAGAUAAUGACCAUACCCAGAAAGGAGAAGAAAAGAGAAGCUAGGAGGGAGGAGAAAGCACAGGGUGUUUAGAAAGCAUAUAUAAACUCUGCAUAAUUCCUCAGGGAAAAGGCUGCAGUUCUCGAUAUGGUGUUUAGAAGAUGGACAGGGUAUUUAGAAGAUGCACAGGUAGAGAAGAUUUGAUCCAACAAAACAAGAUAUUUGGACUUCAUAUAUAUGUGUGAUAUAUUGUUAUGGGUACUAUUUAGUUUUGUAAACUUUUGUGAUGUUUGGAUGUUGAUGUUUGGUACUUUAAUGAUGUUUGGAUGAUGAUGUUUGGUACUUUAAUGAAAUUUAC